AUGGCGGCAAUUUUUGCAGCUCUACACAGCAAAUCGAGGUUAACACGCAGGUCGACUCUCAACACAUCUGAGAUUGCAGAGCUCAUUCCUGAGGGAGACAACUGGUACAUGAAGAAAGGGUUGGUUGAGCGCAAGAUUGUCUCCUCUAUGGUCACCUGGAAAAAGUUGACCUUGUACAUUGUAGAAGACGCGCUCCUUUUUGCCAACGCUCCUUCUCCCGGUCUGGAUCAGCGUGUUAUCAUCGAUUCCAUUCCUCUCCAUGAGAUUGAUCUGGUGAGUGUCGGCAACCAGCAGGGAGUCACAGGAGGCCCUGAGUUCGUGAUCCACCCGGUCGAAGAUGGCUUCAAUGCUGGAAGAAACUACGUUCACAGGACGUCGAAGGAUGAGAUCGAGGACUGGGUGUCCGCGAUCAGAUCUGCAGUCAAGGAAGCCAAGAAAUUGCAUAAGGAGAAAGUAUUCCAGAGUCGGUUUGGAAAUAGCAGUCUGAAGAGACACCAAGCGAAAGCCCUUAAAUGGUAUGAAUCGACCAAGAUGCAAAUGUUCAUCGCUUUAAUCAUCACCUCCAGCUUUGCUUCGGAUGUCUGGGAAGCGCAGGUGUUGCCUGUUGAAGGAUCUCAGGGACAGGAGCCAUUUGUCAUUGCCGACUACGUCUUCACCAUUCUUUUUGCGUUGGAAUUGAUGUUCAAUAUGUUUGCAAGAUGCACCAAUGGCAUUCUUGCAUUCUACAGAGACGGUUGGAAUUUGUUUGACACCUUCGUUGUCUUUAUUGGCAUCUUCACAAAAGCCGUAGAGACCAUUCCUCAGCUGAAGCUGCUUCGGUUGAUCAGAAUCUUCAGGGUGGUUCGGCUCUUCAAGAAAGUCAAGUCGUUGAAUCGUAUCAUCAAGGCCCUAGUGUCUUCACUGCUCCCAGUCGGCAACAGCUUCAUGCUCUUGCUGCUUGUCACUUGCAUCUGGGCCACCCUUGGAACUCACAUCUUUCAUGAAAAGAGUCCUGUCUUCUUCGGAACCUUCAUAGACUCUCUCUUCACGAUGUUCCAAGUAGUCACUGGCGACAGUUGGGCUUCAGCGGUCACAAGGACUUUGUUCUAUGAUGACGGCACAGUCCACAUCGGAGUUGCAAUCUUCUUCGUGAGUUACGUCAUCUUUGCAGGGGUUGUCUUGAUCAACAUUGUCGUCGCUGUUCUUCUUGAUGAAUUCAUCAGCGCGGUCUCCCUGGAGAAGGAGGAGGCUCAGAAGCUGCGAGAAAAAAAGAGGGAGCAAGAGGCCAUGGCCUCCAGAGUGACUGGGGUGCUUGAUCCGCUCUCAGCCGCCAUCUCGGAGUUUUGGGACUAUGAAGACUUGACGACGAAGAUUAUCGACACUUAUGACACUCUGGACGCCAACAAGUCAGGGGGUCUUGACUUUGAAGAGUUCCAGAAAGGCCUCAAGAUGCUUCCCACAGCUAAGCCGAUCCACAUCACCCAGGAUGACUUUGACUUGAUCACCAACGGCGGAGAGUAUUGCAACGGGGAUGGCGAGUUCUCUGGGGAACAAUUCCAGGAAGUCAUGAGAGGUGAACUCAAACGGUACGCGCAACGGCAGAUCACGACCGCUAUGACGGAGACGGACUCCAAGGAGUUGAAGGCAAUCAUGCUGAUGCUCAAGUUGUUGGACAUGUCAGUCUGCCGCAUCCAAGACGACAUGAAGCUGCUGUCUCCCACACAUACAGGCAUGGGGUCGAACUACCAGCAGAGGGGAGCAGGACGAGACACGGGAGAUGAAACCCUUCGAUCCUUCCAUGCUCGCCUGGAGGAAAUCGCCAAGUUGCUGGGUCUUGUGCUGGAGGCCAAGGACAAGGACUGUCAGUGCCAUGCUCUUGAAUCCACUACGAGCAGUUCCAAGAAGAAAUCUGCUGGGAGGAAGCGCUGCACAUCCAGCGACCCGAUUCUCUCUUCUCUAGUGCCCAACGGAGCUGAACAAGUUGUGGUCUCAAAGAGGGAACCCAUGGAGCCGAGCAAACAGGCGCAAGAAGCAGAGAAGAAGGAAGUCUCUGGUUCAGAUCUUGUGUACAAGUACGAGCCAGUCGUGAGGGAUGAGAAGGAGGAUCAGAGAAUAAGGGUCAUCUUCCGCAACGACCUCAAGCUAGCGGGAGGCGGCAAUCUCUCUUCGACAAAAGUCCAGCGACAUGGUUGGAAAGAAGAUGGCGCUGUCGGAGGACGAAACUCUACGUUGAGCUCUCAGAACCGGAACGAAGCCAACAGAGCCAACUACUCUUCCCUGCAGGUCAACAACGGUUCUCAUCACGACGUGCAGACAGGAGGACGGGGCAGGACGAGGCUGGUCGGUCAGGUGCAGGAGAUGAAAGUCUUUCCAUACACGAGUCGGUUUGCCGACCUGCAGUAUGAGAAGGAGAUCGUGAACAUGCGGAACAUGUUGGCCGAGCGCACAAGCAAGAGCCCCCUUAGCAUGCGCACUGUUACAGCAGUCGACUGA